AUGUAUAAUAAUCAUUUUGAACUAGUUGGCGAUGAUCUAUUUGUUAACUUUUUGAUGGAUUAACCUCAGUACUCUUUACAUUUUAUAUCAAGAAACAAUUUUCCUCAUGUUAAUAGUAAUUCCAACAUCCAUUACCCAAUUUCAGAUUAUGAAGGUCAACCUUAAUAAGAAAUCCUGAUAGCCAAUUAAAUUCAGCCAUAGAAUCUUAAUAAGAAAUAAUAGAAAAAAAAAAAAAUUGAUGAAACAAUACUAAAUAACAAAAAUAACCUAAAGAAUACAUAUAUAAAUAAGAUCACGAAUUUAAUUCAAGAAACUAAAUCAAAUGUGGCUCCGAAAUAUGAAAGGAAAGCUUCUACUUAUACUGAAGAUUCAGCUUAAGCAAAACUUAUUCGUAAUAGAGAGUGUGCUAGAAAUUCAAGAAAGAGAAAGAAAAUCUAUAUUGAAUUAUUAGAGACUAGAGUUAACUCUUUAAAUGAAGAACUUGAAAAAUGUAAAAGAAUAAUCAAAGGACAAAAUAGUUGUUAAUAAUAAUUAGGUUCAAAUCAAUAGGUAUUUUUUAAUAUAUUAACUAAGUUAUAAAACUUCAUUUUGGGUAGGUAACAAUUGUUUGAAAAACUUGAAAAUGCUAUUUAAAACCAUACAGAUAAUAAUGAAAUUAAUCUUCUCUUAGAUUCUAUGAGAUUUAGAGUUGGAGGAGGAGGCAAAGAAAGAGUUAAUGCUUCCAACUAUUUCUUUUAAUAAAUUAUGGAAAUCUGUUUUCCUAUACAUGUAAGAUACAUGUUAUGGGCAGCUACUUCUGAAAACCAAGAACCAGCUUGGUUUACUAAUUUAUCUAAAGAAAUCAAUCUCACUGAAGUCUAAAACAAAUCUUUAAAAAAAUAAUAUAAAAGAAUUUAAUAAGAUAAAGAUAAAUUGGAAUAGUAUUUCAAUAUAUAUAUCUUAUAGAUUAAUCAAAUAAUUCUAAACUGUUAAAGAUAAUUUGUAUUCGAAAACUCAUCAGUUGGAGAAUUUCAUAGAUGAACUCAGAAAUAUACUUACUCCUACUUAAAUUGCUACUUUUCUUAUUGGACUUGAAAAAGUAUGGAACUUUAUUCAAUUUAUAUAAUAGAACAAAUUUUAAAAAGAAAUGAGUAUUUCUAAUCUUUGGAAAAUAUUUGAUGAAGAGUUCGAAACUGAAGUAAAAGAAGAAGAUUCACUACAAUAAGACAUUUAAUAAAAGAAAAUACAUCUAUGA